UUUUGCACGGAAGCCAGUAGACAUAUUUAGCCAGCGCAUAUGUUUUAAAAAUGUGAAGAUGCGCGGUUAUUAACUGGUCGAUUAGGAAUAACACAAGCCUUAGAGUGAUACUACACACAAGAAAAAUAUGACAUGAGGAUGGAAUGGUCUGAGGAGUCUUGACUGCUCUCUUGGACACCUGGGCAAGCUGUGAUGACACACCUGGACUGUCAGUUUAAUUGUGGCUUUUUUUUUCUUUAUUUAUUUUACCUCAGGGCCAGCCCUAAGCAACCUAUGAAGGCUACAAUUAUACAUUCCACCAAAUAAAUACGCAAGGGCGUAGGUUUGCAUUGGGACAGUAGGGGCAUAUAACACUACAGCACCUGACUGCAAUCAACUGAUUGCACUUGUAAAACACCAGAUUGGUGAAAAAGUGUUGUCAUUUGUCUUGUUGGAAUGAUAUCCUGCACCCAUUGUAGGCUUUUGAUACAGUAAUUUAGAUUGUCUUCCCAUGCGUUGUAAGUAUAGAAUUAACGUUACCAUUAUUAAGUGAAUUAUUUUCAUUAUGUUCAGACUUACAUUUACCCCUUUUCACUUGCUGAAUCUGCCGAUCCAUUUUUUCCCCUCAGACGCACAUUUUAUUGGCUGAUGACUUUAUUCAAUUUAAAAUGUUUUUUUUUUUGGCCUGUCAACAAUAACCCGUUAACAACCAUGAUUAAUCUGGAAAUAUUAACGCAUUAAAAAAAAUAACGCAAUUUACCGCUCACACUAAGUUUGACCACAACUGCCUCCCGUUGUCCCACACGCUGAUGUUUACAUUCUCCGCGCGGCAAUGCAGGACAAAAUGCAGCCACCCACAAUGAGUGAAGAUGAUGACCCAGGACUGCUUCAUGGCAAAUUCCGUUUUAAAAAGCUGCCUAAUGGAAAUCUGGAUAAAACCAAAGUUGUGUGCACAUACUGCUGUAAUGAACUGUCCUUCGAUUGAAGCUCAACCAGCCUAAAGUACCACCUUCAUACCAGCAUAUCUUCGCUAGUGUUAGCAAUGGCGCUAACACUGCGGAAACAAGCCGCAGUCAUCAAGCUACACUGGCAGCGUGCAGACUCGGACAAAAAGACAACAACAAGUGUUUUGGAGCUGUGGUUCAGGGGGGUCCAGAUGGCAGGCAUGAGGGCCCCGGCCUGCACUUGAGUCUGGCUCGAGAGUCCACCGUGGGCUCCCACUUUAACUGGACUUAUUCCACAGGACACGUGCCCAUGAGGUCGUCACCACUGGUCCUGGUCCUCCUGAUCGGUGCCCAGGCUGUACUGAACAUGGGAGGUGGACUGGCCCAGUGUGCCGGGAAUGCCAACCUCAAAGCAGGACAGCAGACAAAAGCCAAUCACCUAUUAGGACAGCAGCGCCAGUCUGCGGUGCUGGCGGGUGACAUUCACAGGACCAGCCACCACAAGACCAAGAGGCGUCACCGGGAACCCUCACAGAUACCUGAUCCCUCCGUGCCAGUGGUGGAUCCCAAACUUUUUUCCAAGAGACGGUACCGUUCCUCACCACGAGUUGUCUUCAGUGAAGUGCCGCCCUCUCAUGACGCCCUGGAGGGCGAGGGCUAUGACACUGAAGGAGUGAGGGGGACUCGGGUGAGGCGCAGAGCAGGGUUGCACACAAUGCACAGAGGAGAGUACUCAGUGUGCGACAGCAUUAACACCUGGGUGGGCAACAUGACCCGGGCAACAGACAUCGCUGGAAAUGAGGUGACCGUGCUGCCCAAUGUCACAAUCAACAACGUGGUGAAGAAGCAAUUCUUCUACGAGACCACCUGCCGGACCCCAACACGAAGGGGCUCGGGAACAGUAAAGGGAGGAAAGGUGGGGGGGCGAGGUGGCAAACAGAGCUCCAAAGCGGGCAAUUUGGGCUGUCUCGGCAUCGAUAGUCGCCACUGGAACUCAUAUUGCACCAACACACACAUAUUUGUGAGCGCCCUCACUAGCUUCAAGGAACGGACAGCUUGGCGUUUUAUCCGCAUUAAUGCAGCAUGCGUGUGCGUACUCAGCAGGAAGUCUUGGGCGGGCCGACUGGGACGCUGAUUGUGAUGGUCGUCCCCCGCCCGCCCAGCUAUUUUCCGAGCCUACAAUAUCUCCCAAACGACCACUACAACUUUAUUGCCAAUACUGUAUUCCUUGUCCCCGCCCCCACACAUACAGUACACACAAAUACUAAUGGGUACAGGGCAUCUUUGUUCCAGCCCCAUGGCGCCCCUGCCCCUCACCCUACCUCAGUCCAAGAAGUCCUGAUAUGGACUACAUGUUAUAUUUAUGUGUUUUACAGUAAAAUAUGAAAUUAUACAGUAUACGUGUGUGUAUGUAUGUAUAAAUACAUACACCCAAAAUGAACACAAGCUUUUAUUGUUGUUUUUGUUGUUGUGUUGUUGUCCUUAAUGUUAUUUAUUCAACACAUCUGUCCUUGCCUGGUUUGUUUUGUCAGUUUUAA